GGCUCGGUGGCGUCCGCGGGGCGAGCCACAGUGCGCGGGGCGGCGGCCUCCACGGCGACCCGGAGCGGACGGGCGGGCGAGCAAGCGAGUGGGGCGCGAAGCGAGGCCGGACUACAGCGACAUGCGGACCGCGAGCAGCUGUUGCAGCGGGCGCGGCUGGCCGAGCAGGCGGAGCGCUACGACGACAUGGCCUCCGCCAUGAAGGCGGUGACCGAGCUCAACGAGCCUCUCUCCAACAAAUACCUCAACCUUCUGUCCGUGGCCUGCAAGAACGUGGUCGGGGCCCGGCGGUCAUCCUGGCGGGUCAUCAGCAGCCUCGAGCGGAAGACCAUGGCCGAUGGAAACGAGAAGAAGCUGGAGAAGGUUAAGGCUUACCAGGAGAAGAUCGAGAAGGAGCUGGAGUCGGUGUGCAACGACAUGCUGGCCCCGCUGGACAAGUUCCUCAUCAAGAACUGCAACGACUUCCAGUACAAGAGCAAGGUCUUCUACCUGAAGAUGAAGGGCGACUACUACCGCUACCUGGCCGAGGUGGCUUCCGGCGAGAAGAACAGUGUGGUGGAAGCUUCGGAGGCUGCCUACAGGGAAGCCUUCAAGAUCAGCAAAGAGCACAUGCAGCCGACGCACCCCAUCCGGCUGGGCCUGGCCCUCAGCUUCUCCGUGUUCAACUACGAGAUCCAGAACGCGCCUGAGCAGGCCUGCCUCUUGGCCAAACAAGCCUUCGACGACGCCAUAGCCGAGCUGGACACACUAAACGAGGAUUCCUAUAAGGACUCCACGUUCAUCAUGCAGCUGCUGCGAGACAACCUCACCCUCUGGUCCAGCGACCAGCAGGACGAGGAGGCCGGAGAAGGCAACUGAGCAGCCUCGGCCCGCCCUGCCCCCACCCCGUCACACCGGCCCCUCCGCGCCACAGUCACCAGAUACCUAGUGCUAAACCCACCCGGGCGGCAGCACAGCUACUCAGAUCUGUUCUCCGCCCCCGGAAGCAGUUCCAGAUAAACUCAUGGGCAUUGCUGGACUGACGGUUGCUUUGAACCCAACACCCACCCCUCCUCCCCACUAUCCCUUUUUGAAUUGUGCAGACAGGUGCAUUCUGAAGGAGGCAUUCUGCUCCGUCUGCCGAUAUAGGUGAAAUGCAGGCGAAAGCACUGGGGGAAGUUAGAAAGGAGAAUUAGCCAACACAGGCUACAGUCGGUGUUUAAAAGGUCCAUUUAAACAAGCUGAUAGUGUUUUGUUAAGCAGUUCAUCUUGUGCAUGCGAAAAUGAAUCCACCCUUCCCACCUCUUCCCUCAGCUCAUGGAGUACAAGGGAAGCUGAGACAAAGAGACCACUUGCUCCUGUCCAUCGGCUUAAUAAUAAACUAUUUAAUGUGAGGUUUCCGUAGCGCCUUGUUUUGCCUCUUUAAAUUAUGAUGUGCACAAACCUUCUUUUCAAUGCAAUGCAUCUAAAGUUUUGAUACCUGUAACUUUUUUUUUUUUUUUUUUUUGGUUGCGAUUGUUUAAGAAUCAUGGAUUUAUUUUUUGUAACUCUUUGGCUGUUGUCCUCAUGUAACCUGACAGUGCCACAUGCGUUAGCCCAUGUCAAUCAAGAUGGGUGACUAUGAAAUGCCAGACUUCUAAAUUAAAUGUUUUGGAAUUCAGUGGGUAAAUAAAUGCUGCUUUGGGGAUAUUAAAAAAAAAGAAAAAAGAAAAUAUAAUUUCUGGGAAUUUUCUAAAACUGAAGGAAGGCAUGAGUGUUUUAUUGGAAAAUAUGUCUUCAGUACUGAUAAGAAUAGAGAAAACUAAAUCCAUAUGUUGACAGAUUUUACUGUUUGCAGAACUUCAGUAAAGGGAGACAAUCUUAAAAGCCAUAAAAGGGUAAAAAGCCCAGGUUACAUACAGUGGCAGAUUGCAUCGUUGAACCUAUUCCUUACCCACUCCUGUAUCAGUGCUCUUUGCCGUGUACCUGUGUACAGCCUCCUGCUGUAGGUGGGGAUGUACUGAAUCCAGUUCAGUCGUGUGACUUUCUUCCACUGAUGGGAUGUGAGCACGUGUCACAUGGUAUCGAAAUGGGCUUGUGUACCAGGUCUGGGUCGUCCACCUCUGCUGUGACAAGAACAGGCCAGGCUAGUGCAUUGGUCCCAGGAAAAGUAGAUGCAUGUUAAGAAAGUAAACAGAGCCUGAGAGGUCUGUGGGAAAACAGAAGAUCUAACAUUCAUUUCUUCAGAGUUUCAGAAGGAAUGGAAAAAGUGUGAGCCCGAGAAAUAUUUGCAGAAGCAAUGUUUGAAAACAUUACAAAUUUGGCAAAACACAAAAAAGCAGAUUCAAGAAGCUGAGUAAACACUAAACAGGACAGACCUGAAGAAAUCCACAUCCAGACACAUUGUAAUCAAAUUUCUCAAAACUAAGACUUUCUUGCUUUCUCCUUCCAAAGAAAAUCUUGAAAGCAGCACAGUGAAACAACACAGUACCUAUAGGGUAAUAAUGAUUUGAAUGGCAGCAGAUGUCAUAUCUGAAACCAUGAAGCCAGAAGGAGGUGGUGUAGCAUUUUUCAAAUGCUGAAAGAAAAAACUGUCAACCCAUAAUUGCACAUCCAGCAAAAAUAUCCUUCAGGAAUGAAAGUGAAAUAAAGACAUUUUCAGAUGAAAUUAAACUAAGAGAUUUAUUACCAGCAGCUCUUGUUCCCAAAAAAUUGCUAUAGGAAGUCCUUCCAACAGAAGGGAAAUGAUAAAUGAAACUUGGAACAUUAAGAAUGAAGAAAGUACAGCGGAAAGGGUGAAUAUCUGAGGAGACUUUUGUCCUGAGUUUUUAAAAUUAUGUUUGACAUUUAAAACAAAAAUUACAUUUCUGAAGAAGUACUCAUUGUAGGUGGAGAUUAUAUUUAAGACAAUUGUAUCAUAAAAGGGGGAGAGUAAUGUGAUGUAAUUAUUGGUAAGGUUUCCACAUUUCACUUGAAAUGGUGAAAUGUUGAUAUUGGUAGACUGAGAAAUCAAGUAUGUAAAUUGUAAUCCCUUGAGCAAUCACUACAAAACUUUAACAAGAGAUAGACUCAAGAAAACUGUAGACAAAUCAAACUAUAAUAGUAAAAUCUCGUCAAGUAGUCCACAAGAAGGCAGGAAAGGAGAAAACAGGAAUGAUAAACAGAACAGAAAAGAAAUAAAAUAGACUUAAGUCUUAGUAUAUAAAUAAUUACAUUAAAUGUAAAUGGUCUAAACACGGCUGUUGAAAGAUUUUCAGACAUGAUAAACCAUGACGCAACUGUAUGUUUCUACAAAAGAAUCACUUCGGAUGUAAUGAUACAUCACAGCGUGCUGAAGGGUGUUUAUCAAGUCAUCUGCAGUACAUCCCGUACUUCGUGGUGCAGUUACAGAAGCUGUCCCAAUAGUUAGGACCUCGACUGUAGCUCUCCUGUCACUGCUUCUACUCAGCUAUAAAAUAAGAAAAGAGAGAAAAAUAGAACUGAAAAGGAAGGGAUACAGUUUUUUCUUUUGAUUAUUAGAAAAUCAAGAGACUCUGCAAACUCAAAACUGAUGAUAGUUCAGCAAGGUUGCUGGACAUAAAAUCAACCUAAAAACUACCCAUUUCUCUAGUAAAAAGUCAGCUUGAAAAUGAGAUAGGAAUAAAGAUCCUUUUUACAUGAGCAGCAGCAGCAAAACCAAGAGGAGUCUAAGAAUACACCUAUUAAAGGUUUGUAAAAUCUUAAUGAAGAAAAGUGAGAAUGUAGGGGCAUAACGGAUAACCUGAAAGGGUGCAGUGUACCAUUAUGAUUCUGGAUUG